CUCGUGCCUGGCGAAGUUUGUUUGGGGUAAAAAUGGCAGGAAGUGGGGAGAAGAAGGAGCACUUGUAUAAAAUUUUAGUGAUCGGGGAACUCGGCACCGGCAAAACCAGCAUCAUCAAGAGAUACGUUCAUCAGUUCUUCUCACAGCACUACAGAGCUACUAUUGGAGUUGACUUUGCUCUGAAGGUAAUUAACUGGGAUGCUGAUACGCUGAUACGACUACAGCUCUGGGAUAUUGCAGGCCAGGAAAGGUUUGGUAACAUGACUCGUGUCUACUACAAAGAAGCUGUUGGAGCCUGCGUCGUUUUUGAUGUCACAAGAGCGUCAACUUUCGAAGCUGUCACAAAAUGGAAGAACGACCUUGACAGCAAGGUCCAGCUCCCUGACGGUUCUUCAGUUCCCUGUGUGCUUCUAGCCAAUAAGUGUGAUCAAGCUAAAGAAGGCUUAGUGAAUAACACUACACAGAUGGACGAGUUCUGUAAGGAAAAGGGAUUUAUAGGCUGGUUUGAGACGUCCGCCAAAGAAAAUAUCAACAUCGAUGAGGCCGCCAGAUUUUUAGUCACUAAGAUUUUACAAAACGAUAGCGAUGAUCUUGGUCAAGAAAAAGAAAACGAAAGAAUAGCUUUAGAUGGAAAGCCUCCGUCAGAAAGAACACAGAAGAAGUCAUGUUGCUGAUAUUAUAAUUGUUCAUAUUAAUGUAAACAAUUUCAUCGAUUCAUAUGUUCGAGAAUUGAAAAGAGGAUUAUACAUUUGAGAAAUGAACUUGACAUAUACUGAAGAUCUCUGUAUGGUGUAGACAUUUCCUAUCACGUACACACUUCUGUAUGGCAUGCACACUUCUGUAUGGCGUACACAAUUCUGUAUGGCGUGCAUACUUCUGUAUGGUGUACACACUUCUGUAUGGCCUACACACUUCUGUGUUGCGUACACACUUCUGUAUGGCCUACACACUUCUGUGUGCACGUAACUGUUAAUAACUCGGACCUGUUAGUCUUGUAACAGAACGUACUUGGUGUCGUGAGAUGUAGAAAAAAAAUACAAACUGUACCGUGAUUCUUCAGCCUUACCGCAUGUUUGCAAGGUGUUUAUUUAAAAAUAUUCUGAGGACAUUAUUUUGUGUACACUGCAAAAGUUACUGUUUUUGUGAUGCCCUUAAAUCAAUCCAGUCGAAGUAGUUUUGUCUCAGAAAUGAAAUUUAAAUUGUGCAUAAAUUGCUCUUUUAUAUAUAAAAAAGUUGAGAAAUUAGGGUAAUUAAAUGUGUUUAAUGGAAAACUCCGGCAGAGUUUCUGCAGAAGUUUGGAUCACUUUUUUCAGUUAAGUGCCAUUAGUAAUGGUUGGUAUAAUGCUUUGUAGUACUGUGUUUGUCAUUUUAGAUCAGUCUUCCAGCAACCUGCGGAUGGUUGUGGGUUUUCCCCGGGUUCUGCCCGGCUUCCUCCCACCAUAAUGCUGGCCGCUGUCGUAUAAUUGAGUGAAAUAUUCUUGAGUAAGGCAAUAAACACCAAAUAAAUAAAUAAAUAAAUAAAUGAU